UUUGCAUAUACGCCAUCUUGGAUAUCUGACAACCAAGAAUCAGGCGACUGAAUCCAAGGGAAUCAAGAACAUCUUAGUGUUAAGCAUAUAUUCUUUGCAAUAUAUAUUGUCUUUAAACAUCACCCAAUAGAACGGACCGGUAUCUAACGGUUCGUUCAUAGGGUACUUGCAGACAGUAUCUCUGAUGUAUAUCUUGGAAAAAUGUCCUUCUCAGGGAUAGGCAAUAGGGCCGACAAGAACAAAGGAAAGUUCACGUCCAUCAAUAUCAAUAAUAUAUACAAAGGAAAGGGUGUUGAACAACAGAAGACUCCAGUCGUACGUCAACAUGGGUUACAAAGCUUGGGUAAAGUGGGAAGCCUCCGGCGUAUGCCGCCUCCGGCCAAUCUACCAAGUCUGAAGAGCGAAAACAGUGGAAACGAUCCUAACAUAGCACUCGUCCCUACAGGAGGUUCAGGAUGGGGCAGCAAGGAGAAGGAAGAGAAAGGUUCUGGCAGUCCGCAGCCAUCCUCGCAGCAGCAGCCGGCUACCACACCGCAAUCAUCGGGGCAAACAAACAAGGUGGUGGUGGUGACGCCAGCAACGGCGGUGAGUGGUGGGGCAAUAAACCAGACACCGACGUCACAGACACCAAGUCAGCAGGGGACAACAAUAACGACUCCUGUAUCCACAGGGGCAAACACACAGACCCCAUCAGCGAGUGGGACAAAGUCAUGGAGCAGUGUUACAUCAGGGGAACCGGUAAAGCGAAUUGUGGGGCACAAGUCGCCAUACUUCCAAGACGAGUUCCCCUCACUUGCAGCAGGUGGACCAGACUCCGAGAAGGAGGGUACAGACAAAAAAGAUGUAGAAGGUGCAAAGGAGGCACAGUAUGGACCAGGGCCAAGCUUGCGUCCACAAAAUGUCGGGAACUGGAAGGAAGGCGGUGGACGUGGCGCUAUGCUGCAGACGUCUCCCAGCAAAGAUGUACAGUCGCCCACCGUUUCUGGUGCGGAGAUCCCGACAGAAACACUGCAGAGUGGCCUCCAGACAACUGCUGGAAGUGGCGUCGCCGGCGUGGACUCUGUAGGGGGUCAGAAGAUGCCGGCCGGAGGUCCUGGCAUGCCAGGAAUGAGGCCCGGGAUGCAGGGGCCUGGUGGCCAUAUGGGCCCGGGACCCCACAUGGGACCUGGACCCCCUCCAUAUAGCAUGCCUCCAGGGUACAGGGGAAUGAUGCCACCCUAUAUGUACCGAGGAUUUCCACCUUACCCUCCACCAAACUUUCAAGGCAUGCACAGACCUCCUUAUGGACCUCACUAUGAUGGAAGGUUUCCCCGGCACCCACCACCCCACAUGGGGGGUCCCCAGCGAGCCGCCGGAGAGAAGCCAGGAGAUGAUGAUGACAAGCGGGAAGACUAUAAGCGGCCUGCAAUCAUCACGGAUAAGGACAUAAAGGACUUUGAUGAAAUACUCCAUCUUGACAACAAUGGUGGCUGGGCAGCUGCUCAGGGGGAAAUUGACUACAGUGAGAAGCUUGUGUUCAGUGAUGAGGAGGAUGAAUCUGGAGAACCAGGCAAAAGAAGGCGAGCCAAGGAUAAAGAAAACAAAGCAGGCUCUGCAGGUGGUGCUAGGGGGGAGGGGAAGCCCCAUUAUGAAGGAGAGGAGCCUGAAGGCCGUCAUGAGGCCCGGCGAAAGGCAAGUGACACCCAGAGUGGGCAGGGCGAGACUAUUGCCGAGAGGCAGCUUGAGAAUGGCGAAAGUCAGGAGCCAGGGCACACAGAGGUGAGUGGAGAAGGCCAGUCCCCUGGAGCCAGGGAGGCUUGGGGGCCGGGCGGGCCAAUGCUACCCCAGUUCCGAGGCAGACACCCUCACCCUGGCAUGGAUGCUCGUGGUUGGAUGCCACCGUUUGACUUUAUGGGAGCACGAGGACCCUUUCCACCCCACUACCGAAUGGGCGUGCCACCUCAUGGACCUGCACAGAGGCCCCCAUUCCCGAGUCACCCUGGUCAGGCACCAGUGACUCCUGGUAGUGGAUCCAGCAGCUCGGGAUCAGCAUCAGGGAAGAAAGGGGACGAUGAUGAUGAAAUGUGGAGACAACGACGCCAGGAUACUAACCAGGAAGUGAAUACAGCUAUUGAGCGUGCCAGACGGCGAAGAGAGGAGGAGGAGAAAAAAAUCGAAAAUGAACGCAAGAAGGCUGCACAGGAGAAACUGAAGGCUCUUGAUGAGAGGGCUAAGAAGAAAGAUGAUAAGGGAGACGUAGAUGAUGUGGAGAAUGAAGGUGAGACAGGCAGUCGGGCGGAGACACGCUCCAGCAGAACCAGCGAGAGUGAAAGUGACAAGGGGGACAGGCCCCAGUCCAGGGAUGGACAAAAAUAUCCACAGGGUUCUCAGAACCAGUACAACAAGGGUUACUCUCGGGGCUCAGGCAUCCCACCCAGGUUCCAGAAGCAGCAUUCUGGUGGUGACCAGACAACUGUGGCGGCCCCGCCCCGGAGCAGCCAGCCCCACUCCCCCCAGUCAUCCCAACCAACACCAACAUCACCCCAGCCACAGCCUCACCCUGCCCAGAUGAGACCUGGACAAGGACCUCCGUCACCGUGGGGGCCCUACCCCUGGAUGCAGCAUCCCCACCAUCCAUUUAUGGGCUAUGGUCCAAGACCACCCAUGGAUAUGCAAGGGAUGCACAUGUACCAGCAGGUGCAGACUCGGCGCAAUCGUACAGACAGUCACGGGUCUGGCACGGAGAGUGUAGAAGAAAGGGAGCGGGAAGAAGUCCGCCGGGUUGCUGGGUUUCAAGGGUAUGAGGAGGCAUACAGGCGCCCAUACUUCGACCAGAGAAUGUACCCUGAGUUUGAAAAACUUGAUGAGUAUAGGAGAGAAUAUGAGAAGGGAGGUCGUCCUGGUAUGGAAUACUUCAUGCAUGGACCAGGUGGCAAGCAAGACCUAUACGAGGAUAUCUCAGACCAGGAGAGCGAGGGAGACUUCACCGAGCCGGAACCACGGCCCCCUGUUGUACAAAAGGAUCCAUUUGAGGAAGUGGAGAGGGAAGAUAGGAGGGAGAAGGUGGAUAGUGACAAGAAAGACAGGAGUAAUGAAAAGGAAGAACGACCUGAGAAAAUUGACAGUAAAUCCAAAGAGGCAGAGCCAGUUCGUGAAAUCAAACCUCGGGACAGAAAACCUGACCGACAACCAUCACGAGACGACGGCUAUGAUAGGAGAGACAAUCGACAGGACAAGUAUGACAAUAGAGAUACCCGGGAUUCAAGGGACUCGAGAGGGAAGCAGGAGCCAAAAGCUCGGGACAAUUACUGGGAGAAGGAUAAUAGAAACAGAGGGGAGGGAAGAGGAGACCGACGGGAUGGCAGGAAUGACCGCAGAAAGAGGGACCCUGAUAAUGUUUGGGGCAUGAAUAAACAGGACGACCAUAAACAGAAGAGAGACCAUUAUAAUGCCCCGCCGCCUAUCACUCUGCGAGAAUCACAGCAGAACACACCACCACGCAGUCACUUUGUCUCCCUAAAGAGGUCUGCAUCCACUCUGUCGAAAUCUGACUCCAGGGAAUCUCCAGCCAGUGAUAAACCGGAGGAGAACAAGGAAUCUGUUAAGGAGAAGACCCCUAUUAAAUCCAAGGAUAUGAAGGAGACUCCAGAAAAAGAGACCUUGCGCCCUGACCAGCCAGCAGAACGCAAAGAAUUUAUUGAAAAGUCUGAACAAGGAGAGAAAGCAGACAAAGGUGAACAGAAGGACAGGAAAGAGAAGGAUGAUCGCCGUGACAGAGACAGGGGAGACAGAGGUGACAGGGAACGUGGAGAUCGUUCCCACCCACCUGCCAAACGUAUGAGGGAUGAAAAAGAAAAAUAUGAUAGCAGAGACAGAGCCCGUAGUGCACCCAGAGGGGGCAGAGAGUUUGUGAGGGGAAAUAGAAGUAGAGGUAGAGGGCGCGGUGACCCUCGCACUGAUCGUGGGUCACGUGGAGGUGACAAGGGAUUUGGGCGAGGUGAAAGGAGAGGAGGGCUUGGCAGUGGGGGUAGAGGCAGCUCAAGGGAGUACAAGUUUGAGAAUCAUGCCGAUGGUAACACAAAUGCCCCCCGGAGGGAAGGUGGACUGGGCAGGCCCCCAACUUACGCUGAACAAGUAAAACCCUUCCCCACCAUGGGCAAAUGGGGUGAUGACAAUGAACAGGUGGAAGAUGCAGAGGAGAAAAGGAGAAGGGAUAAGGAUGAUGAUAGUGACCUGUCUGUUGAAGAGGUAAGCUCCGCUAGUGAGGAAUCCACUGGUGCAAGGGCUGAACCCUCAACAAGACCAGUUGGAGUAAGAGAUGGCACGGGUGGAGUUAGAGAUGUCAGGCGUGAUGGUGGGAAACCCCGUGACAGGAGAGACAAAGGCCGGAGAAGCAUGGACGAUGCUAAUGAUGAUCACUAUGGGAAAGAGCCUCGGUCUCCAAGAGAUGACCAGUUUGUGCCAAAAGGAGAGCCAUCUCGCCGAGGCAGAGGAGGUUCCUCAUUCCGAGGAGAUCGAGGUAGAGGGCGAGUCCGGGAUGAUCGGAGGUACAAUUCUGCCCCACCUGUCCGAGGUGGGUUUGGUCGACCCCCUAACAAGGAGUACAGGGGAGGUCAAGGAGAGGACCAGCCCAGGAACGAGCCAAGACGUGACCGUAGGUCAGAGAGAGCAUCCCCACCCCCCAGAUUUGCAAGAGGUCGUGGUGAGAGGGGAGCAUUUGACCGAGGAGGUGGUAGGGGGCGAGGCCGCGGUCGAGGGGCCAGUGCCCCAAACGGAGGUGGAAGCAGGGGACCCCAGCUUACCAAGCAGAACUCGUCUGACAUGGCGAAUGAGGAGUGGGAAACUGCCUCUGAGAGUAGUGAUAUAAUUGAUCGUAGGGAUUCAAAAAACGAUUUAAAGGACGGUCGAGAUAAACGUGAUCCGAAGAAAAGCUUUUCUAGUCAGCGGCCGCAAAAUGAUCGACAAAAUAGGAGAGUGAAUUCCACAGAUCAAAGAAAUGGUGGUAAUACAAAUAAUAAUAAAAAUUACGACAAUCCAAAAAACUUCCAUAAAGAGAGGAUAUCCCACACCUCGCAGACAAAAAAUGGGUAUGCUUCACCUCCAAAAAACGGGCCGGGUGGGGGCAAACGACCCCCACACCCCCAGACUGGUAAGAAGGAGAAUGGAGGAGGAAACCAGGUGUACAGAGUGGAAGGAGUUGUCCCCAACGACCAGAACGCUAUUGACAGUGCCAUUAAUGGGACAUACAACGACAAGAAUCGCUUGGUGAAGAAAGGAGACCUGACUGAUGUCUCCAAGCCCCUUAAGCCGGAGAAGAAGAGGGAGGAUGCCCUGGCAAAUAUUGAUCUGAACAACUACGCUAGUGUGGUAGUGAUAGAUGACCAGCCUGAGGUAACCAUUGACGACCCUAACUUCCUGUACGAGAACAACGAUGGUUUCCAGGAAGUACAGAGCAAGAAGGCGAUGAAGAUCAAACAGAAGGCACAGGAGGCUGAGACUAGGAAACUGACGUCAGAGGGUCAACAAGAGAAUAUUGCUCCAAAGAAGGCCAAGGAGGUCAUAUCCAAGGUUGUAGCCAAGCCAAAGGGUGUGCACACGGCCAUAGACAAACCCCGGAACUACAAACUGUCAAAGCUGCCUCCCCGGUUUGCCCGGCAGAGAGAACAGCUACGUGGAGAGAAGGUCGUCACUAAACCUCAUGCGGAAGAAGAGGCUCCAGAGGGAGAUGGGUUUAUGACCAAGAUAGAUAACUGGGACAAUGAAAUGUCCAACACUAUCCCUCCACUGAUGUCGCAGACCGUGAACCCCGAUGUUAAACAGCAGGAUAUGGACAUCUCAAAGAAUAUGUUGGGCACAUACAACCCUGUGGUUGGUCAGGCAAACCUGCAGGCAUUGGGUCAGAUCUCCCAGCCCGCCCAGCAGCCUGCUGCCCCAAGCUCUGGAAGCCCCGCCCUGGCACCAGCACCUGUACCCAGUGUCAACGCCUGGAACAAACCAAUAAACUUUGCCGCUGUUUCUGGAAUUCAAGUCCAGGUUGGUCAGGAUGCUAAGUUUGACAAGGGUGACCAGCAUGACAGUGGUAUCGAUGUAAGUGACCAUCCAAACAGUGGAGGGUCCUCAACCCGGAGUUCCCCGAGCACGGAAAAUAAGAUUGCAGCUCCCAAGCUGGAGAAGAUCAGCGAGAAGUCUAGCAGUGGGGAUAGUAAACAGUCCAUCGAGGCCUCGCCUAAACCACGGAGACAACAGAAGCAGGCAAUCCGCAGUGAGAAGGUGAGCGUGAAGGAGCCCCUGACCAAGCUGGACAAGACCGUGAAGAAGCCUGAGGGUAAACUUCGCCCAAGCUCCUCAAUGGAGAAGCCCCAGCCAAUACAGCUACCUCCCAGCUUCAAGGAUCCCAUCUUUGGCAAGGAUGACGACUCUGAUGCGAUCAAGCUGGACUUCACGUUUGAUGCUGAGCUGGCCAAGUUCGCUGAAGAGAAGCCAGUGAUGGAGCAUAUCGAGAUGCACGACACUGCCUCCCCGGUUGCUAUGACCCUUGGGGUUGUGAACACCAGCACUGCCAACAUGGCCUCUGCCCAGCCCCUGUCACCCAGUGCACAGGAGCUUGACAUGAAGAUACAGUCAGUGAAGAUGGUCUGGGACAACGCUCCAGAUGUGAAUAAUGUGUUUGAAAACAACAUGUCAACGAAGGUGAUUGGCUCAUCAGCUGGUGUAAGUGUAUCUGAGUCCUUCAGUACGUUUAACUCUGGAGAGAUGGACAUGAAUGUAGAUAGCCGCUCCAUUGACCUCAAUGACAACAUGGGAGUAUCCGAUAUGGACAAGAGCAGUAACUCCAACAUCUCGCCUAGAGGUCAGGACAUGUUUGACUCGGAUAUUACAAAGAGGACAUCAUUCUCUGUGGAUGUGUCCCCAUUCAAGCCAUCACUGGAAUCCACAUUUGCUCAGGCAGAUAUGGGAAAGGUGUUCAACACAGAAAGCCAACAGUACUCUAUCCCCAGAACUAUUGAUGGUUUCUCAACAGGGUCAGAAGUUGGUUCCAGCUACAGGGAGGGGUUUUCAUGUUCAGAGCCAUACUCUCAAGUAUUCACAGGCCCCAGUUCCACGGGAAUAUCGUACAGCCAGUCGUUCUCGUCCAACUCCGAGACGUACGUCCAGCCAGACAUGGGAAGCUCCAGCUUUGCUCAGACCAACCUCAGUAAUAUGAUCCACCUCAAGUCUCACAAUCAGGAGAAGAGCAACAUCUGCACGGUGAAGCCCCAGCAGUUGCAAUAUGCCAACUCUGGCAGCCUGUCAAACAUGAGCCAGUCUAUUUCCUCAGCCAUGAGUUCAGACCCGAGCCCUCCGAUCAUGAUACAGAGCCAGCAGCACCCGUUCCAGCCCUUCCAGCUGGGCACACAGCUCAUUACUCCACAGGAACCAAGAAUGAACCAGACCAGCUUCAGCUUCAACCUGUCCCAGCUUCAACAGUCAGCCCUGGGCGGCUCCUUCACCCAGCAGAACUUGUUCCUUCCGACCACACCCACCCAGCCUGACCCAUACCAAACAUCACAGGUUGGUAUAAAAGUUGCAAGCUUCCACACUCCGGCCCAGCCAUAUGGUCAGUCCCACUCCCAGCAGAACACAAUCAUGGUCUCCGCGGCAACCACUUCACAAAUGUCCUCCGCCAUCAAGGCACCUGGUCAACCUGCAUUUGGCAACCUUACUAACAAGAACCUGGCCCCAGGCAAUAUAGCAUAUGGGCAGUCUGGCUUAAACAGCUCAGGCUUACAGCCUUCCCAUCUCUCCUUCAUCCCAUUUGACCCGAACAGUCAGCUGUUUGGAAGCACAGGGGUCAACCAGAUACUCGGCUCAUCUCAGACACAGAAUGUCAACAACAGUCAGAUACUGGGAUCAUUGUUACCUCAGAGGCAAGGAGGGCUGCAGAUCCAGACCCCAUCCUCAUUCUACCAGCAGGGUGGUCAGACAUUACAGCAGCCACCCUCCCAACUACAACAGACAGGCUUCUUCCCUCAACAGCAGGCCAAUUCCAACUUACAGUUUCCUGGAAGCAAUACAACUAUCAAGCUAGGUGGGGACAUGACCUUCCAGCCGUCAGUGGUACAGAAUCUUUCCCAAGGUCAAACUGGUGGAGCCCAGCAUCCCACUGCCACACCAACAGGCCCCCCACCAUUCAACCAGCUCUCAUUCAAGACAAGCCAGAAUUUGAGUGCGUUACUCCAGCAGGCCGGCCCAAUGGCCCCUAACCAGCAGAUGGGACACAGCCACGGAAAGGCUCAACCAUACUCCUCACAGACACAAGUCUCUCCCAUACCACCCACACUGAAGUCUCCACCAGACAGCCUUGCUUCCUCCACCAGCAACACCAACAUGGGGGGUGUUCCUCCUGGCCAGAAUGUCAACUCAAAACCAUUCACUUCCCAGCGCACUAUGACCGCCCAGCCCCCACCUCAGGGGCCACAACCCCCGAUGAACCCUGGUGGAAACCCAGGCACCCAGAGGUUCCCAACCCUAGGUCCAGGGCUUGGAUUUAACAUCCCGCCCUCAUCGAUGCCCCAACAGGGCCAGUUCAACAAACAGUUCAACAACUUCCCAAUGCAAGGAACAAUACGUCCCCAGAUGAUAAUGGGAAACAUGGUUCGGCCCGGAAUGCCCCAGGUAUCGUUCCCAAACCCCAUCCAGCGCCCGGGUCUACCGCAGAAUACCCGUCAAACACGUCCAGUAAGACCCCAGACUGUCCCCGUACCCAGCCCAAGCCUGGGUCAGAACCAGGGGAACCAGUCUAUAACGGAUGCGAAGCUGAAGCAGCGACAGGCCCUGCUAGCCCAUACACAGAGCUUCCUGAAUCCCAACAAUAAGCCAAGGAAAUCUAAGGUUGAAGUGUCUGCUAAAGAUGAGAAGUUGCCAACAGUUAGGACGGAGGACACCACUGUGUCAGAAACAGGCAGCGAUAGUGGCAAGAAAUAGGAGGAAAAUGAAAAAAGUAGAAAUAUUGUGGUAGUCUUAUAAUCUUGAGAAUAUAUUAGUGGUGGAAAAUAACUAGUAAAAUGUGUUUUAGAGUUAGUUAAAUGCCCACGGUAAUAAGGGACAAAAAUGUAAUUGUAUUUUACAUGAAAAGUGAAUAUUCAUACUUCGACAAUUUCUAACAAACAGUUAAAAGAAAGAGACGAAAAUAUUGAGCCUUAGGCUAAAAAAAAGAUUAAAUUCUUUAAUUGAAGUGACAAAAUCACUCAGAAAGUUGCAUGGACUUUAAAAGAGAAAUAAGUAGCAACUGUUUAAGGAAACACAACCUUAGAAAAUUGACAAUACCUCCAAUGGAAUUGAACUUUCAUGUGGAAGUUGAAUGGAUUGAUGUGCUGUGAAGGGACUUGAACUAUUGAGACACAGUGUGCUGUCUUAGGUAUUUUAUUUAUUUCACUGUAAAUAUCCAUUUGAGCAGGGACAACACAUUGUGUUUGAAUGGUCUCAACCCUUGAAGACUGUAACAUGCAAAUGUGUAAACUUGUGUUGGUUUUGGAAAGAGCAUGUUGUAUUUUAAGGAUUCUAAUUUCUUUCAGCUGCAGCCAUCAGUAAUAUUUGCCCCUGUGUUUUUUAUCAAUUCAUUGCGAAUACCAUCACUUUUGUACAAAGGGUAUAUUAUACUUCUGUAAAUAUUAACCAGCUGUUACAUUUGUACAUUUAUACUUUUGCAUUUGGCUUUACCCACAAAUAUAUGACAAUGUAUGUUUGAAAAGUUGGACCAUUUUCCUUGUCCUGUAUGUUGCACAAAUGUAGUCGAAGUGAAGCUUACAAGUAAUGAAGCAUGGAUAACUCUAAUCCACAGAUUCUUCAAUGUAAAACUGUUUAUAUUCUUUGCUUUUUAAAAAAGAUACUAGUUGCUGCCAAUAUAUUCUGUUUGAAAGUGUGUAUUAUGUUAAAUGUGCUGGAAAUUGAUCAAUAUUCAGCAUAAUCCUUAUGUUUGUGAUCCAUUUGUUAAUAAUCUUUAUUUCAUAUCAGAUUGUACAUAGAUCAUUGUUCACACUAACACUGCACAUUUGGCAUAUUUUAAUAAAUACACAUACGUUUUUAUGAUGCUUACAAACAUAAAUGUAUCUUAAUAUAUAUCUUUAUUGAUGGUUGCAGCUGUCUGAAGAAUCAGCAACUUGAUUGCAAGGUAUUUGUUGAUGUUCUCUGGGGUUAUUUGUUGAUAAUGGAUCAAUUUGAGAAUUUACUUCUUUGUUAAAAAGAACAGCAUUUAGCUGCAGUUUUAUGAGUUGGAAACGCAAAAGUAAAAAGGUUUCAUGUCAAUACAUAUAGGCAUUACUAAUAGAAUUCGCAUAAUUGGCAAUUAUUGCAUGUUUGUUGUUUUCCCAUGGGAAGGUAGACAUUUUGGUUAUCAGAUUGGUGGCGUUUUACUGCAAUUUAUAACUGAUAUGACCGCAUUAGCAGGAAGGCUGCUGGUCAGGUUCUGAUGUUUAGACCUGUUAACUGAAAGGUAUGCUACAUUGUGAUGGUUUGGCAACAGCCACAGAACGUGGUAGUGAGAUUGUAAUCUCUAGUUAUUGUAGGAUUGGAAGAUGUCGGACUAGAAAUAACUGAAUCUUAUCUCCAUAGAAUGGAACCUAGAAUGGCUGAAGCAUAUAAGGUUGAAUAUGCAACGAUGGUUUACAAGGGUGAUUUACAUGAAAGAAAACCCCAUCUCCAGGGAGGAGAGAAUAGAACAGAGGUUUUCGAGAAGUUUAGUUGUAAGCUUAAGGAAACCUUUUUUUUCACAAAUUGUGUGAAAUCCCCACAGGUCUGGGAAGCAGAGAGCUUUGAAAAUGAGCCCAUGUUUUUACUUACAAUUUUAUCCAGUUUUACACUAGGUACACUGAAACUGUUUGCCCCAACAGUUUUAAUGUGACCUUUUGAGGUGUUGACCUUUGACCUUCAUAUGCCCCUUGGAGGUCAAGGUCGUGGUUUGUGUUGAGUUAUUGUAAAUGUAGUUCUUAACUAUUACUAAGUGUUUCUAUGUCCUUAUUUAUAUCAUGUGUACUUUAGGUUGCAUUCUAGUUGUUUUUAUUCUUUUCACAGGCAUUAGACAGGUGUUUGUUGUUGCUGUUGUCAUGUAUAAGCCAGAGGUCAUAACUGGCUGUGGUCAUCCUGAGGCUUGACUGUAUUUGUUGUAGAUCAUUAUAUAGUUUCAUUCAUGUUGGUACACAUUUGUCCACAAAUAUUAACCUUUGUUUAGGAUUGAUAUUGCUGAAAUCUGGUGAAAUCACAGUUGUAGACAUGUGAUGAAAGUGGCAUCUUAUAAAAGCUCUGUCUGGAAGGAUUACUCCAGUAAUAUUUUUUACACGGGAAGUUUAAUGGUUUUCUUGUGUUUCCUCAAAAAACAGUUCUCAUUGCUGUACAAAUUUACAUCAUUUUGCUGGGAUUUGUAGUAAGGUAUACGAAUGCAUCCCUUCAUUUUGUACCUCCGGACAUCUGCACAUAUUUUUCCAUCUUCAUACAGCCGCAUUUCCAAUGCUUGAUUAAUAUUCAGCAUAACCUGCACCCUCACAAAUUACUGGUCCACCAACAUUCUAUGUACUUGCAUUUUAUAAUUUUUCAUCAAUGAUUUCAAGAUGUAGCAAUGUUCAGAAAGGACAAUGUAUUUAUGUUUAACCUUUUAUCAUUCAAAGAUAUUUACUAUUCUUUUCUACCAGAUGAUGACAAGUGGCGGUGAUGUUUUCAGCAUCGUUACUAGCUGUUUGACAGUGAUAUGCUGAGAUUUUACCAGCAUCUUUAUACUGGCCAAAAUUGUCAGUUAUUUUUAAGAAGCUGUGUAUAAUCAAUCCUGUAUUUAUUAUGAAAAAUAUACAUAGCUGUUUUGUCAUGUGAUAGUAAAGAAUUUAUUAAAUAGCUGUAUAUUGUAUAGCUAGCUUGAAUGUUUGAAUAAAAAAAUUGGCAUAUUUAUUAUUGUUUACUUUACCUUGAGCUUACAUUACAUUUGUUCUAAAUUUGGAGAGAAAAUGAUACUGAUUUGCAUGACUUCGUUUAAGUACAGCAAUAUAUUUAAGUGAUAAAUGUUUACUUCAAAACCUCUUUCCGAACACGGACAGAAGUGCCAGUUUUUUUACCAGAUUUAUAACAUGAAACCUGAGCAAGUGUAUUUCAACAGCAAUUUCUGUAUGCCAUUGUAUGUUUGUGUGAUCUUCUUGGUAUCAUGUUUACAGUUUUUUUCUUCCAAGAAAUCUAUUCACGCUCUCUGAAAUAAAAGGGCUCAAUAUCA